CUAUAAAUAUGUAAGCCUGGCCGGGUAGAUCAUUGCCUACUGGAUAACCGAAUUAUAGUGUUGAUCUUUGUGUAAUAGUCAUGGCUGCAAUUGCUGGGAGGACUCGGUUGGAAGUGGAAGAUAUCUCUUCGAAGGCGACAGUGCCCAACAACCACAGGGCAAAACUGAUGUACUAUCUGAGCUCCGUUACAACCGUGCUGGACAUGGACGACUCCGACUCGGCUAACCUGAGACGCUUGUGUGAUUACAGCAACUACAGCCGUCUGUCGUCCGAGGAGACUAGCCAGCUGAUCUUGCUCUGUGCGCUCCUCUCUCCGGACGUCCUGCUCAACAAGUGUAUAUUCGCGGACGACGACAUGUGCGGAGAGUUCUCAAACUCCUUCUACAAGAUCAGUGCUGUCCGGAGCCGCGUAAUGGUUAGUAGCAGUAUCAUGAUUGCCGGACAAAACCGCAGUGUUAACAAGGUCAUGUUUUUCAAGAUGGAAUGGCUUCGGGAAAACUAUCUGGAACCCAUCAAAUAUUUCGCUGACGAAAUGGAGGCUGAGAAACGUCGACAGGAAAGGCUUGCCAAGAAAAAAGACUGUGUCAUUUUAUAGACUCGACAGCAAGUUUAUCAGAACCACACUUAUAUACUUAUGAUUUAUUAUUGAUAUUAUAUAUAUAUAUAUAUAUAUAUAUAAAUUUAACUUGCAAAUAGACUGAGCAAAGGUGAACAAUCGGUGUAUCUGUGUGAACAAUGGCUACAGAAAUUGACCUUCACAACAAUAGGAUGGCAGACAUGAUUUUUUUUGGAAUCUGUGUGAAUACGAUUGUUCUUUACAUUACUUGUGGGUAAAUAAUUGCUUUUGUAAAUAUCUAAUAAUUAAAAGUCGUUUUAAUAGUUGGAAGAUUUCUUUGUAUAUCUACUGGUCAUCUACAAACUAAAAGGACACAAAUCAUUUUAGUAAGUCAGUAAGUCAUUUAACUGCUUAACAUUAUUUAUGGAAUAUUGGAUUUUAUGUAAUAAAUAAUAAAUAAACAUAUUCUUGUGAAGGAAACUAUAGAAUAAGAUAAUAAGUAUCCGAUAUCUAUUGCUAGGCCUUUCUGACUUCUUAAGUGGUAGAUCGUUACGAUAAAGUCUGUCCAGUUAUAGCUUGACAAAGGGACCAGUCGGUCUUGAAAUGUUGCGACCCGUUUAAUACGUACAUUGAUUGUGUAGAAAGUAAAAAUUUGAUAUUACAUAUUUCCAAACUGAUGAAUCUUAUUGAAGAUAUAGCUGUCCGAUUUUUGCAAAGUUACUGUUAUUUGUCUUUUUGUUUUGCCUCCACUAAUGAAGGUUAGGUCUUUUACCAACUCUUUCCUGUGAUAUUUCCUUACAUUACCCGUGCAGGUUCUGGGAUAGAAUAGGCCCGCUGUAUGAUCGUAAGAGGCGACUUAUGUGCCCUGUCUCCUGCAGAAUCGGGGGUGGUUUUCUUCCUUGUCUUCUGUUUAAGGGGACACAUUUCUUAUCUGUUCUGUCUCCUUUCUCUUUCCCGACGGUGUCUCCCUAGGCAUCCGCCCUCAUAUGACCCUGGCUGUUGUGAGGACGUAAAACCACAAAAAAAAACCACCUAAAAAACCCCGAACUUUCAUGAAACUACAAGUAAACAAGUCACGCAAAAUGUGCAUAGGUUGUACAUGUCAUUACCAAAACUUUGUUUCGUUUCGGCUCGAGAAACUAUUCCAUAAAACGCACAGAUUGUGUUGUAGGAAUCUGGCGUUUAGCCAAUUAACCCGUCUACAUACAUAUGUACCUGUUGUGUAAACAUUCAAUACAGAUGUUUUUUAUUUGCUACGUAAGAGAAGACCUAACUCAUCUCAAAAGGUUAUGAGUUAUUGGUUUAAAAUGACAUAUACUAUAAAUGAAUUAUUAAAAAAUUGAUUACAUGUUUUUGGCUUUAUUUUAGUAAACAUGUCUGGAAAACAGAUUAGGUUUGUAAACGGUUUUCAAUUUUCGCUUUCAUAUCAUAACAAUGUGUGACAUUAUUCUUUUGAUUAAAUACCUACAAUGUCUUGUC